CCGUGGCGCGCAAUAAAAGUAACGCAGCUGCGUAGCUCUGCCAUAUUUGUUUUAAUGACAAACUCAGAGAAAGUUUGAGAUAUUUUACCGUGUGAUAUCAAGAGACUUGAAAAGCUACCAAAUGCCAGCAGUUGGGUCAUUAUUGGCCCGUGCUAGAGGGUGUGCAUCUUUGCCGAGAGAGUUAAGGGGGCGGAUGGAUCAUGUCUAAGUAGGUGCGAAUACUCCAUCGAGAGACUGCAGCUAAUUAUCUUCCAUCAGUGGUCUGACUUGGCCCGACACCGGACAGCUACAGUAUGUCAGUCACAGGUCUUUAGGGUCGAACUCUUCUGGUGUGGCGCAAACAUGAUGCAGUGGACAGCGUGGACUCUCUGGUGCCUCCUGCUGGUUAGGGCAGAGAAUGCAGACGGUGGUCAGGACAGGCAGUGCUCGCUCACCCUGGCGGGGACGGAGCACCCGGUGCAGGGCUACCUGGAGCGUUUCGACGUGGGGCUGGGCUGUGCGGCCAGGGAGAGUGGUCCCCGCGAGACACACGUCAUCACUGUGGCCAGAGCUCCGAGCUCGACUGACCAGCAGGUUACGGUGCUCUUGAGGCCGUUGCCUCAUUACAAGCCUCUAGAUCGGGACGUGCUGCUGGUGCUGAGCUCCCAGCGUGCAGUGCGCUGGUGGCUGGAGGCGGACGGCUUACCUGCGGGCCUGCUGGUGGUGGCUCAGGCCUCGGGCAACUCCACGGUGGAGUCCCAGGGUGUGAAUGUGCGGGUGCAGCAGGUGGCCUCGCUGCCCUGGCGCCCGCGGGCACUGCUGCAGUGGAGCCUGCAGCGCUACCGCACCAUCUCCUCCCUCACCCACGCCGCGCACGCCAACCGCGUCUACGUCCGCCUGGGAGAGGAUACCAGUUUGUCCAGGGAGUGCCACCUGCAGUCUCUUUUCCUGUCUCGCAACUACCUGACAUCUGAAGUCCAGCCACAGGAAGUACAAGGCUGUGUCCUACCUGGUGCUGAGUCUGACCCGGAAGUACACAUCAUCAAACUAUGGUCUGCAGGAUCUGCCCUCUGUGGCAAUCUGCAGGUGGAGGUGUCAGUCUCGCUACUGCCCCCGGUGGCCAACAGCGGCGCGCACAAGCUGGUGCUCAUUCUCAGCAGCGCAGCUCCGGUGAACUGGGCCAUCACUGCCACAGGAAUCCGGGGACACAUAUUUGUCUACGCGUCCAACAGCGUGACCCCCCUCUACCCCCCAAGGCCCGAUCUGACCAUGACCAACAUGCUCAGCUACGACCUCCUCUCCACCUCAGACCUCCUGGAGUGGGCCAAUGAGAACGGCUUUCCCAGAGUGACCUCCUACACGGAGGCCGACCUGGCCAAUCGCUUUGUGAUCCGGCUGGCAGGCGGGGGAGCAGACCAGAACGUGAUGGUCCCCGUCAGACCACCCAGGCUGGGGGAGCCAGCGCCGGGGCAGUGGCUGACCGGGGACGGGGAAGCUCAGGAGGCCGUCAGCGUUCAGUGUCAGGAUGGUCAACUAGUCGUGGCUGUGGACAAACACACCUUACAGGCGCUGUCUCUUCCUCAGGCAGCGGUGACCUUGCGUGACCCCGGCUGCCUGGCCUCGUCCAAUGGGAGCCAUUUCCUCUUGGCGUUCCCAGUCAUUUCCUGCGGGACCGAGGGCUUGCUGGAGGGCAGAUCCCCAGCUCUUCAGUAUAAAAAUACGGUGUUGCUAUGGAGACAUAGGCUCCCAGCCCCGGAUCAGAAUGAGACAGCGCUGGAGUGGACCAAAGAGCAGUCUCCAGUGGCCAUACAUUUCAGUUGUGAGGCUCCAGGCUCUGCUCCUGUGAGACCUCCAGUGGUCCUCCCUACCCCUGGGUCUGGUGUGGGGUCAGGGGGCCGGCGGGGGGCCCAGAUGCUCCCUGUUCUCACCAUGCAGCUCUUUGUGACCGAACACUACGAGAAGAGGAGGACCGGACCCUGCGUCAUCACGGCCGACAACCGCGUCUAUGUGCAGAUUACCGCAGAAGGGGUCUUCAAAGGAGGCGUGGAGGUCCAGUCGUGCGUCGUGUCCCCCCACUCGGGCCCGCGCUUAUCGCCCAGCUGGCCGGUCAUCCUCAACGGCUGCUCACGGGAGUCCUCCUUCCUCCUCACCCCGCUGCGGAGGGAGAGCGGGCGCAAGGGAGGGGCGACCGAGGAAGAUGAGGACGAUGGGGAUGAAGACGAGGACGACAAAGAUGAGAUUAAGGAAGAUGAUGACGAUGAUGGUGAUGAUGAAGAGAAGGAGGAGGAUGACGACAAGGAGAGAGCCAGAGCCCUGUUGUCCAAGCAGCAGUUUGCGGGGCAUUCUGUGAGGAAGAGCAGGAUGAGGAGCCGGCGAGAUGGUGACGAAGGUCGGCCAGAGAGGGAGAGAGGAGCAAAGGACGAGGAGGAGAAGAAGGAGAAGAAGGAGAUGAAGAGGAAGAAGGAGGCCAAGCCGUCCCAUCUGAGGUUCAGCUUCGUGCUGCACCCCGUCUUCAACGACUCCGUCCACUUCCUGCACUGCAGCCUGCGCCAGUGUAGCCCUGGCGACCCCCGGCAGACGCCCACCGCGGCGCGGGCAGCGGAGAGAAGGUGCCAGGGCGGAGUGGCCAUCCCAGCCCUCAUCAAAGCCCAGCUCACCAGUCAGAAGGCCAACACCUCAUGUGAGUACAGGAAUCUGACCAGGCCCAUGUUCGUAACUAAACGUCUGCUUCCCCCUGCUGGCCAGCUGAAUCACAAGCCCGCCAUAUGUAAAUGUGUCCCCCCCGUAGGCCAAAGGAAUCACAAGCCCGUCAUGACACAAGCAGAGAUAGCGAUGCCGAAGUCCCUGCGUACCAGUGCAUCAGGUCAACACCGUGCGAUAGAGCCGUUGAAGCCCAGUCCUCUACAAAGUGGCUCAGGAGUGGGCACUGGACCCGUCCUUGGGAUUGUGUUCGCCGCUUUCUUGAUGGGCAUCUGCCUGAUGGGGGCACUAUGGUGCGUCUACUCUCGUACAGGAACAAGAGCUGAUGGGCCGCAGGGCAUAGAAAACAUGGGCAAGGAUGCCUGGAAUCAUGCGGCGCUUCUGGAACAUUCCAACACAGCUGUGUAGAGGCUGGUUCGGCAAACAUGGGGAAGCAACCACUUCGAAGCAAACCACUUUUGUGUUUGUAUAUGUGCAUAUGUGAGUGUGUGGUGUGAAUACUGGUCAUGUUUGAUGGUACAGUAUGUGUGUGUAUAUCUGUGUAUAUGUCUAUAUUGUGUUUAUGAUCUAUCUGAGUUUGUGUACUAUAUAUUUGUAUAUAUUUGAGAGCCUGAGUCUGGGAGGAAAUCAAAGCUAUAUUACAGAAGAUGUGAACUAUUUCUACCACUAACUGCCGCCAGACCCCAAACCAACCAUUUUACCCAACCCGUUGUGUAUACCAUGUACUGUUCAUCCAGUGGAUAGGCAUAACAUGUGCCAAUAUAUGUGUGACUGGGCAUUGCAUUACCCCUGUAAAGAGGACCCCCCCCCAACCCCACCACCACCACCCCCUUACCCCAGAGCAGAGUUGUGUCUCUGGCCCUAGGGUGCUGCUGCUUAAAUACAGACUGUGUGUGCUGAAGAAGUGCUCAUAUGUGUUGUGCACUAACUGGGACCCUGUGUGUGGUUGGUUUCUGUCUGUAAUGAAAUACAGUUGUUCUG